UAGCCAAUGAUGAGUACUUUGAAGAGGAUUCUGGGCAAGAAGGAAAGGAAGACUGCUCUUUUGGAUUGAACUCUGAAGUAAAAACAGACUGUUUCAUUUCUGAUGGAAGCCACAUCUGCUCUGGCAGUCUACAUCCAGACUUAAACACAUCAAGUAAAAUUGUUUUUAAUGAAAAAUCGUCUGGCACAGAAAUAUCAUACUCUGUCACUGAUGCAAACCAAGACAUUGAAAAAGUUUUUAUUUCCAAAAGUAGCAAAGAGGCAAUCAGGGAUUGGGUAGCAUACAAGUUAGAAGAUGCACAGCAUAAAUGUGAUAAAGAUAAGAGAAAUGAAGAUUUGGGCAGUGAAAAUCAGAAAGAAAGUACUAAUCAGGAGUUACAAGCAUCCCUCAAACCUUGUGAUAAUGAGUCUGUAGAUGUUUCCAAGACUCGCUUAAGAAGAAGCAUUGAAAAAGUCAGUGAGUGGCUUUCUAGAUCUGCUGAUGGAUUACAGACUUCUGGUGAUGAAGCCAGUUCACAGCAGAAAAGUAUUACUUUAGGACAGGAUGCAAAUUAUGAAGAAGUAUCAGUUGCAAUACCCUGGGUUCCGGAUGUGACUGGAAUUUGUCAAUUUCAUGACACUGGUGAACAAAGUGAACAUAACAGAUCAUCAGAGAAGCUGAGUAAUUGUACUGUACAGGAAAAAAUAUUUGGGAAAACAUAUAAGAGAGAAAAGAAGCAAUCUGGUCAACUGAACUUAAAUUUUACAUCUGAAAACAGAAGUGAUGUUUCAGUUGCUAAAACAACUGAAAAUACCAAAGUAGAUAGAACAGAUACUAAGAAAAAAAGGAAAAGAUCUUCUGGUUUACAACCAGAAGACUUCAUUAAAAGAGAUUGUAACAAAAGGAUUAAUGAUCAACCUGUAGUAAAUGAUGCUGAAUCUGUUAAUCCAUUAGUUAUAAAAAAUAUUGAAGCUGGCUGUGAUGUUGGAACAGAUAAAGAUUUCAACUGCAAAACAGGUGAUAUCACAAAUGAAAACUUACUUAGUAAUGUUACUGGGAAUGAAGGCACAUCAAGUGCAGCAGUAGAUUUUGAUUAUUCUGCACAAAACAUAGUGGUGGUUAUGGAACAGGAGUCUGACAAACAGAAAAGCAAAGUGAUUAGGAAAUGUUCCCCAAAAAUGUCUCUUCAUCUGGUUGCUGAAAAGGACCUUGAGGAUCUACAUCAAGCAGAAGUAUCUGGCAGUCCAAUAAUGAGCCAUUCUGUUGUGACAGUAGAGCAGGUACAUAGUUAUUUAACUACUGAGGAGCAAACGGUAGAAACAGUUGAGCUUAAGAAAACAAGGCAGAGUAGGAAGUGCUCUGUUUUGACUGAAAGUGAGAGAACAUAUUCAAGAAGUGUUACUGGACUGAAUAUACUGCCGCAUGUUAGUUUUGAGCAUUCUGAAAAGGCUUUCAGUGUCAGAGAAAAUGAGCAUGAAAAAGUAAUAGACUUCGAAUCAUUAGAACCAUCUUGUAAGAAUGAACAGAUAACUAUUCAUACUGAGAUAGAAACUCUGUCUAAGAUGAAUCACAGUGGCUUGGAGCUUCCUCGUACCAUGUUUAGCCUUUCAAGCAAUAUGUUUGCUGACAAUUCAGAAGAAAACUUCACUCUUAAGCACCAGGCUUAUAAUAAUUCUUGCAAUGUGCUGCAGGAACAUGCUGUUGUACAGCACUCUUCUCAAAGUAACCAUGAGACUGUAGUGAUAAGCAGUUUUGUCAGUUCAGAUCAUGUACAACAAGAAAGCCUUUCCCAUACUAUGUGUAUAGAAAAGUCAGAAGAUGUUGCCCAAGGGAAUUGUGAUGAAAAGAGAGCUUCCAUGGUUAAAGAUGCAACUGCAGAAAAUGAAGACAGUGAAGUUGACACAGAGCAUUUGUUGCAGUCAUUUCGGAUCUCAAAAAGAAAGUCAUUUAUAUUACACCAUAGCCCAAUACCAAGUUUUUCUGUUCAAGAAUCUAUGCUGCAAAAAUCUUGUAAUCCAGAAAACAGUAAAUCAGAAAUUUUUGAAGGAGAGAUGGUAGUGUGUAGCAGUAACAAAUUUGAAAACUGUCACUCAAUUGGUUUGAACAAUGAAAACUCAACAAAUUGUCAGGUACAGAAAAUUGAGGAAAAUGCUGCAAAUGGAGCUGUGAAUAGUGAAUCUUUACAGGUGCACUCUGAUGAUACAAAUAUAAGCUGUAAUGAAAUUCCCUUUGAAGAGAAGUGUAUGGCUGAUAGUGUAUGUGGUUUGCCACUGGUAGUCCAGCAGAUUUCACCAGUAUCAGAAAGAAAAAAGACUAAAUGUUCAGAAGAUAGUGAAAAACAAAAACAGAAACGUUUUAAGAUCAAUUCAUCUGUUGUUCUUGUAAAUUACAGCUUGAGUCAGGACAGCUCCACAAGUGAUAGUGUUUCUGAAGGAGUUUCUGAACAACAUCAGGUACCGAAAGCUAACUGUGAGGUGAUAAAUAUGCCCGGAUCAUUAAAGAGAAUCUGUGAUAAUCAAGAAGCAGGAUUGCCAGUGAAUUCCCUGCCUGAAUCAAUGCCGUUAUUUUCUGUAACUAGUCAAAUAAACCAAGCAAGUAUUUAUCAGGCAAGUGCUGAGUGUGAACUUCACAAAUCCAAACAUAACGAGUCAUUGAAACAAAAUGGCAUUCUUCAAGUUGGUACAUGCUUUGGUAGUAAAGAAAUAUUGCCAGAUGCUAAAAAUACAGGUCUGAAUGCUGUCAUAAAUGGAACAACAGAAGAGUAUUUAUUAGAAGACACUGAUGGCAAAAGACAGACUUCCAAAUCUUUUAUUCCUUUAACACCUGACAGUCUUACUUCAACAGUUAAACUCAGUGGCACAAACUGUUCUCAGGACUCUUCUACAUCCCCCAGUUGCAGUUUAAUGAAAGAUUUCCAGUUGAAUGAGGAACAGCAAAGUGAUAAUACUGGCAAGAGGAGUAACAGUAGUGAAAUGAUAUCAGAAGGUAAGAAUAUAUUGUUCUGUAAAAGCACAGAAUGUUUACGAGAGGGUGAUGUUUCCAGUAGUGCAUCACAGAGUAUGAUCCAGUAUAGAAAACGGUCAGCGCAAAAGCUGGACUCUUCUGAAUCAAAUUCAAGUGAUGACGAACUUCCAUGUUUUCAAGUAGUGUUCUCUAGUAACUCAAAAAGCAAAAGAUCAACUGAAAAUACUACUGAAGCUCUGAAAGAAUUGUCUACGAACAGUGAUUUGGAUAGAGAAAUUACUUCAAGCCAGUGUUCUGAACAUUCUGUUGAUUUGUUUUCACCUGGAUAUGAAGAGGCUUUCCCCAAACCCCAUAUGGAGGGAACAUUGUCUACAUAUGAUAAGCAGGAGCAAACAGUGUGCAGUAUAAAAAUCAUUGCUCAAGAAAGUCAAAAUCAAAAACCAAACGGAAUAUGUGAACACAAAAUGGAGGAAGAAUUCCCCAAGAAAUAUGAAGUGCCUGCUAACCACAGUGAAGGGGCAAACAGAGAUACUGAUAAAGGAGAAACGUCUGGAUGUGAAAGUGAAGCCAGUCACACUGGUGAUUCAUCUGGGUUUUCUUCUCAGAGCGACAUUCUUACAACUCAGCAGAGGGAAGCAAUCCAGAAGAACAUUGAAAAACUUGAGCAAGAAAUGGCAGUUCUAGAAGCAGUGUUAGAGGAGCAUGAGACACAAGCUGGACCCUCAUUCUCUCCAUCCCGGAAUGGAAGCAGUUUGUCUCAUGGGCCAGAAAAGGAAAUGGUUAAUUUGCAAAUGGCCCCCGUUCACCAACUCCUCCGUCUACUCCAUCUUACUCUCAACUGAAAAGGGAUAAAACACCAGAAAAAGUAAGAGCUGCUUUGAGCAUUUUAGAAGAGCUUAAAGCAAAUAUCAAGUCCCAGGAAGAUGGCGCAUCGUGUCUUAGUAUGAUGCCGGAUGGAGAAAUAUUGGAACAGUCCUGUCCAUGGACUCACAAAACAGGAGAAAAUGCAGAAGCUGUUGAAAAUGAACCAUGUUCCUCCACUGGAAAUACACAAAUGUCAAAAGAUGCCUCCUGGAGGCUACAAGCCAACAAAGGUCUAGAAACAGAAACAACACCAAGACAGAGUGCUAAAGGGCUUCUGCUAAAGAGAUCACCUUUCUUACUUCUGCCUCCUCCAUCCAGUAAAACUGGAAACAGCAAGAGUCCUGUAGUGACAAGCAGAAGAAAAAUGUCAUUGGUCGCAUCUGGCCUUGGCAAAAAUGAACUUUUGCUUGUGCAGAAGUUUUCAAGAAAACUGCAGUGCUCCUUUUCCAGUCAGAUCACAAAUGAAACAACUCAUGUCAUUAUGAAAACAGAUGAAGAGCUGGUGUGUGAACGGACACUGAAGUAUUUUCUUGGAAUAGCAGGCAGAAAGUGGAUAAUUGGCUUUCAGUGGGUUGUUGAGAGUUUUAAACAAGGAAGAAUUUUGGAUGAGUGCAACUUUGAAGUGAGAGGAGAUAUCGUCAAUGGAAGAAACCAUGGGGGCCCAAGAAGGGCAAGAGAAAUUGCAGAUGGGGAGUUGCUUUUGAAGGAUUAUGAAAUUUGUUGCUAUGGACCUUUCACAGAUAUGCGCUCAGAUCAGUUGGAAUGGCUAGUAGAGCUGUGUGGUGCCAUAGUAGUGAAGGAGCCUUACUUAUUCUCAUAUAGUCCAAGUCACACUUCAUUGGUGUUGGUUCAGCCUGAUGCUGCAACUGGGGUCACUGAUUACAAAGCACUGCAACGAAAGUAUGGUGCCUCGGUGGUAACAAGAGAAUGGGUUCUCGAUAGUGUUGCCUGCUACCAGUGCCAGAAUUGGCAUGACUAUAUGGUUUGCCCCAAGUGAUAAAGAUGAUACAAAUCAGAGCACUUAUUUUAUGUAAAUGUUUUAAUAAAACAAAUGUGAAUUAAA